GAAAAAACAGUUUUUCUAGAGAGAGAAAGAGAGAGUUGUUAAGACAGAUAGAUAUAGAGAGAGAAAGAGAUUGUUUUGUAGCAAAUUGUUUGUUUUUAGAGAGAGAAGAAGGUGGAGGAGGAUUGCGUGUCGUGUGGCAGUUUCCUCCUCCAUUUGUUGACGCUUAAUUUGUUAUUUUGUUGUAGAGUUUUGAAAAAGUGUUGUUAGAUCUGAAAAUUAGGGUUUCGAUUUGAUUAAGCACGAUGAAUGUGAUGAUGCGUCGGUUGAAGAGUAUCGCUUCUGGUCGUACAUCCGUUUCGGAUUCCGGAGAUUCAAGCAUGAGGAGGGUAAAACAAGAAUCCGAGAGUCAGCCCGGGAGUGCCAGGGCUCCUAAGAUGUCGGCAAGCACAUCCAAUGCUGCUGCUAAACUUGGAAAAUACGACUUUGACAGUUUGCCCAAAGAAAUGCAUGGAAUGAAAAUUAAGGAAGAUAGAUCUGAUGACAAGGAUUUUGAGGCGACUCUUGUGAAUGGUAAUUGUACCGAAGCAGGUCAAAUAAUCGUGACGUCAAUUGGUGGCCGAAAUGGAAAACCAAAGCAGACUUUCUCUUACAUGGCGGAGCGAGUUGCGGGCACUGGUUCAUUUGGUGUUGUCUUUCAGGCCAAAUGCCUUGAAACAGGUGACUCUGUUGCUAUAAAGAAGGUUUUACAAGACAAAAGAUACAAGAACAGAGAACUUCAAAUCAUGCGUUUACUAGACCAUCCAAAUGUGGUUGUAUUGAAAAACUGUUUCUAUUCAACAACCGAAAAAAACGAAGUUUACUUGAAUGUCGUCUUGGAAUACGUACCCGAAACCGUCUACAAGAUGUCAAGGCACUUUGUUAGGAUGAACCAACACAUGCCUAUGCUAUACGUACAAUUGUACACAUACCAAAUCUGUCGUGGGCUUAAUUACAUUCACAAUGUCAUCGGUGUGUGCCAUCGUGAUAUUAAGCCACAAAAUUUAUUGGUUAAUCCACAAACUCAAGAGCUAAAAGUAUGUGAUUUUGGAAGUGCAAAGAUGUUGGUACCCGGGGAACCAAAUAUUUCGUAUAUUUGUUCAAGAUAUUAUAGGGCUCCCGAGUUGAUCUUUGGAGCAACAGAAUACACCAACGCAAUUGACAUGUGGUCUGCAGGUUGUGUUUUAGCUGAGCUACUCCUUGGACAGCCCCUUUUCCCUGGUGAAAGUGGUGUAGAUCAACUCGUGGAGAUAAUUAAGAUUUUGGGAACACCAACACGUGAGGAAAUUAAAUGCAUGAAUCCACAUUAUACAGACUUUAAGUUCCCACAGAUCAAGGCUCAUCCAUGGCACAAGAUAUUUAAAAAGCACAUGCCAUCUGAGUCGAUAGAUCUUGUAUCGCGCAUGCUUCAGUACUCGCCAAAACUGCGAUGCACCGCUUUGGAGGCUUGUACUCACCCAUUCUUUGAUGAGUUAAGGGACCCAACUACUACUCUGCCAGAUGGCAAACCGCUCCCUCCCCUAUUCAACUUCACGCCACAAGAAAUUGCUCAUGCAUCUCCGGAACUACUUCAACGGUUGAUACCCGAACACGCCCGACAGUAAAUAAUGUAACGUGUCCUGUCCAUAGGCGUUUUAGAAUUCGGGUUUUUGAAUGCUUGCCCAUGAUAGUCAUAUUAUUUAAACAAGUUAUUUCAGCCUAAAUCACCGAGGUGGCAGAUGGAGAUUGGUUCAUUAUUAACGUAACGAAUCUGGAGAUUGUUAUAGAUCUUCCGAGUACAGUUAUAUGGUGUAACUAAGUUCACGAUUGACGGAUUUCUUACAACAUGGAAAAUUUGUUAAUGAAUUUGAUUUUUUUGUUUUUUAUAAUA